AUGCUCCGCACAUCAAUUGCCCGCGCUGCCGGCGCCCGUGCUGUAGGAUCUGUUGUCCGAAACCAGGUUCGAUGUGCUUCAUCUCAUGCAAUCAGUAAUCCUACCCUGGCCGAUAUCGAGAAGAGGUGGGAGGGUAUGCCGCCGCAGGAACAGGCUGAGCUUUGGAUGAGCUUGAGGGAUCGUAUGAAGAUUAAUUGGGCUGAGUUGACUUUACAAGAGAAGAAGGCUGCUUACUAUAUUGCCUUUGGCGCCCACGGACCAAGAGCUCAAACCCCUCCAGGAGAAUCAUGGAAGGUUCUCGGAUACACAUUGGGUGGAGUUGGUGUAUCUCUCGCCCUCUUCCUUCUCAUUAGAUCAUUCGCCAAGGGAAGCCCAUCUACUAUGAACAAGGAGUGGCAGGAGGCUACUAAUGAGUACUUGAAGUCACAAAACUCCGAACCUAUCAGUGGUAUAUCCUCAGAAGGGUACUCCGGCCCCGGUCAAGUGCAAUCCGCUCCCAAGAAGAAUUAA